CAGCCAGCCUGCUUGUCAUCGGUCCAUCUCCCUCACCACUACUAUGAUCGAAAAGGUGCUAGUUGUGGUUAUUAUUGGGGUAGUUGGAGCAUAUGCACAGGGCUCAUGUCGAACGGAUCAACAUGAAAUGACAUGUCGGGGCAAGAAUUCACUACACGAUUUAAAAAAGGAUCAAGACUAUCUAGAGGUGGACACUCUGAAUGUACAUCAGGCAAAACUUGACUUAACAGAUGAUCUCGUUCCGGAUGGAAUAAAUUUAUCCCAUCUCACAUUACUUAAUGCCACUGAUAACCAAAUAACUCGAAUUGGACGCCGCGGAUUUGAUAAGAUUCGAAAUAUGCAGUUUUUAUAUUUAUCAAUUAAUCAAAUUUCACAUUCACAACCGGAUCCAUUCCAGGCUCUUGAAAAGUUGAAACGUCUGGAAAUGAACGAUGCAUUGGAUGGAAAUAUGGAAGAGAAAUCAGAUAUGCUUCGAAAUUUCUUCCAUUCGAAAAAUAGUUUUGUUCAUUUGGCACAGAUUGAAUUGAACAAGAAUAAGAUUGAAGGAAUCUAUCCAAAAACAUUUUGUGGUAUUCAAGGACUUCAAAGACUUGAAUUAUCGAAUAAUCGAAUUCCAUCUUUUGACUUUGCAAGAACUUGUUUGAAGGAACUCAAGGCUCUUAUGUUGGCUGGAAAUUUGAUCCAAAAGAUUCCAGCUGAUAUUUGGGAUUUUCUUCCGUCUCUUUCAUCCUUGGAUAUUUCAAAUAAUCCAAUUGAUUGUGAUUGUGCAACUAUUCGAUUGCUUAGCGGGGAUGAUGUCGUAUUUCUAAAUCAGGCUGAUACAAAAUGUGCAUCUCCACCAGAAUUGGAAGGCAAACGCAUUUUUGAACUAUCGAGAGACUAUUGCAAAACUACAAGGAAUCCACGUGGGAAAGCAUCAUUCUUCCAGUUUCUCGUUCUUUUUGUGAUUGCUGUUGGAAGCGAGUUUUUAUUUUAAAGGAAUUUUAAGAUGUCUUAAAAUUUCAAAAUACAAAAAACCAAAUUGUGUACCUAAACAAUCCAAACCUACAAACCUACAAAAUCCUUUAAAUUUCUCUAAGAAUUCUGAUUUUUCGAAAAUUUGGAAAUUUGCCAAAAAAGCUUUUCGGAGGAAGUGCUGAAGUUUCCUUCCGGAAAUUGUACAAAAUGGUUUUUUUUGUUAAAAUUUGGUGAUAGAACAUAGAAAAAUUAUUUUAUCUGAAAAUAGCUUUUAUUGGAAGAGUUGAAAAAAAUGCUAAAUUGCCUGAAAGUAGGAAAAUGAAAGAAAAUAUGUCGAUAUUUUGUCGAAUUUAUCUCGGCGAUUGACAACCUUCAGACAAUUUUGAGAACUUUUACAAAUGCUCCAACUAAAAUAAAAGUUAUUUUUUGAUAAAACAAAUAUUACUGUUAAAUCAUGAAUUUUCAGUUCUAUGGCUCUACAAGAAGUACCGUGAACGCACAAGACAUAUGAGUUCAGUUCCAGUUGGAUACACGAACUUACAGCAUGAACAAGCUGUUGAACCGGAAUUUGUGUAGGGAAUUCCAAAACAAAUUCAUUUAUCUUUUUAUUUUUGGUUUUUUUUUAAUUUUCAGCCAGCCAUAAUUCUUUCAAAUAUUUCUGAUAAUAUUUGAAAUUUCAUAAUUUUAAAAUCUGUUCAUUUUAUACGGGAUACUUGCUUCUUUUUUUGUGAAUAAAAUGAU